GCACCGGCAUCAACGGGCUGUGGUCAUGCUGAAAGCGCGCGUUCCAAUGACGCCCAUUGUUUCCAUCAGAGUUUCGAUCUUGUCCGAUAAGACUCUGGGGCUUAGGGCAUGCACGCAAUAGUGGUCAUUGAACUUUCAUUCCUGCAUCAGCCAUCCUGGAAUUCUCCGGAGCGGUGAGCCUUGAGGGUGCCAUGAGGCCUGGAACUUUCGGCAACUUGCAUUUGAAUUCCUCGUGCAGUGGUGCUUUGCGGCCCCUAGAAAGGCAAACACACGGAUAGAUUCUUGGUAACUUGCUUUUCGGCAUUUUGUCUGUGUUCAACGCGUCUGCUGUGCACCAGAGCGGUUUCCUUUGACUUUCUCAUCCAAUGCAGCUUUUCGUGAACAACCCUUUCGGCACGACCGUCACUGUUGAGUUGUCCCCACAGGACACUGCUGAUUCUCUCAAGAGCAGGAUUCUUGGGACCACCAGCUCGUCAGAUUUCAAUACUGCAGAUGUGCGGUUGACCUUUGCUGGCCACGAUCUGCCUGAUCGCGCAACGUUUGCGAGCGCGAAUGUCUCCAACGGGUGCACGCUGAGUUUUGACUUUCGCCUGAGGGGCGGAAUGCUUCCACAGCCAUGUCCAUUGCCCACCCCUCAGGAAUCGGACGACAGAGUUGCUCCUCGUCAGAUGGAAAGGGAUAUAAUUAAUAUGACGGUUCCAGGACAGAUCAUGAUCUCAAUCCGGACGAUACAUGACCAAAAACUUGAUAUCUUUGCGUCACCCAGCAGCUCCGUUUUGUUCCUCAAACAGAAAAUAUCGGAGAGUAUUGAAGUGGACGCUGAACAUCAGCGUUUGCUGUUUUCUGGGAGAGUUCUCCAAGACGACAGUACCCUUGAAGAUUAUGGUGUUGCAAAUGGGAGCGUAAUGCAGCUGUCUAUCCCGCCCGGCCUUAAGAUUGCUGUGAAGACGGAGCCUCAAAGACGAAGACGAGGACAAGAAUCAGAGGUGCAGAUAUUUGUCAAGAAUCUGAAUGGCAAGACGAUGGCCCUGAUGAUAUCGCCGACGGACACGGUAGAAAAUCUGAUGAAGAAGAUCCAGGAGAGGACGGACAUUCCACCUUCUGAGCAGCGCAUCCUAUUCGGUGGGAAACAACUCGUGCCCGAUAGGAUUUUAGCGGACUACAAUAUUUCGAAGGAGAGUACGUUGCAUCUUGUACUUCGUUUACGGGGAGGAUUGUGAGGCUAAAGAUCGACGUGCAGCAUUAUGUUUUGGUUUCCAAUUGAUCCUCUAGUACGAUAUGCAGACACUGAUGCAGAUGUGUAGUGUAUGAUUAUG